AUGGCAGUCGCAAUACAAUCUGUUGUUACGAAGGUCAGUGUCAUUGACCUCGUCUCCGUAAGAGGGAUUGCACUUGCAUUCGGCUUCCUCGUGACUUUUAAGAUCUUAAGAAGCGUCGUUCGCGUUGUAUACAAUGUCUUCUUUCACCCACUCAGCAAGUAUCCUGGACCGAAACUAUGGGCAGCCUUCGACGUCGCAUGCAUGGUCGCACGCAUAGGAGGAAACGUCGAUUCCCAAAUCAGCGAAGAACACCGCAAGCACGGUGAAGUAGUGCGGAUCGGCGUGGAUGAGCUAUCUUUCAUCAGUCCGAGCGCUUGGAAGGACAUCUACGGACAUGGGCAUGCAGAGCUACGCAAACACUUCCCCCCCAACGUUAUGGACCCAAACCAGAUCAUAGCAGCAAAUUCAAGCAAUCACUUCCGCAUGCGCAGAGCUAUGCUGCCGGCGUUCUCAGAAAAGGCACUGGCCCAGCAAGAGCGAUUGAUCCGGGUGUACAUCGACCUGCUUAUGCAACGCCUCUCCGAAUGUGCGCAGUCUGGUAAGCCGGCUGACAUGGCCCGCUGGUACAACCUGACGACUUUCGAUCUGAUCGCCGAUCUUUCUUUUGGGAAGUCCUUGGAUGGACUGGAAACUGGAGAAUCGAACGCUUGGAUUGAGAAAAUUGACAAGAUGUUGAGAUUCAUGCCUGUGUUGAUGUUGGUAAUGAGCUUUCCACUACUUGAGACGCUGUUCAAUCUUGUUCUCGGCAACAAGAUACAGCAGUCGCGCACAGAACAUCAUAACUAUGCCGCCUCUCUCGCCAUGAGCCGGAUCCAGGGUAAAGAGCAAGCCGACCGCGGAGACUUCAUGGACUUCAUGCUGCGCUCGCGCGGUGAGGAGCACGAGCUUACAGAUGAAGAGCUAGUGCACAACGCAGACCUCUUCAUGCUCGCGGGUUCCGAGACCACAGCGACGGUGCUUCUCGGUGUCACAUACUAUCUUUUGAAGAAUCCAGACACUUACAAAAAAGUUUCGGAAGAAGUGCGAACCGCCUUCACACGCGCAGAAGACAUCAACUUCAAGAAUGCAACCGCGCGCUUGCCGUACAUGUUGGCUUGCUUGAACGAGGCUAUGCGCAUCUUCCCCGCCAUACCUCUGGUCUUGCCGAGAGUCACAAAUGAGGGUUCUCCAACCCCAAUCGCUGGCCACUUGAUACCCGGCGACACCCGCGUCGGCGUGCACCAACUUGCAGCCUACCACUCGCCACUCAACUUCCUCGACCCGCAAGCCUUCCACCCCGAACGCUGGCUGCCGGAAGAAUACAACGAACCAUGCUCGCCAUUCCACAAUGACCGCCGUGGUGUACACAAGCCCUUCUCGUACGGCCGUCGCGAUUGCAUUGGCCGUAACUUGGCGUUCCUUGAGAUGCGUCUGAUCAUCGCUCUGCUGCUGUGGAACUUCGAUCUUGAACUGGAUGAAGGUAUGCAGCAGUGGCAUGUUCAGAAGAUCUUUGGGCUGUGGCAGAAGCCGCCGUUGCGGGUACAUCUCAAGCAGAGAACGAUAGGUUCAGAGUGA